AUGCCAGCUUCAGCUGUCCCUUCCCCGACAGCCCCACAGGCAAAUUCUGGUAUGCCUCCGUCGCCUUGUCGGAGUGGGCCGCCUGGAUGUCGAGACCUCGCGCCGCCAUUCGCUGCAGGCGAUGGCUGCACGGACUCUUCUGGAGCCUCACAGAAUGAAGCUGGCGAGGCAAAAGACCCCGUGCUGCGUGCCAACCAGAGGCCGUGUCGAGCCGUCUCUUCGACAAGGAAGAGAGCAGGCACGCCAGCAAGACGUACAAGCUCGUUUUCGGGCGACAACGAACACGAUUGCCUUUCCGCUUCUCCGCACAGCCUCAAUGCAAAUACUCCGAGUGUCAAGUCGUGUGGACGUCAGGUGGAGAUGCAAAAUGCAUCUUCGCUCGAAGCCGAAGCAGCGUUCUCUUCUGGGGAUCCGGGAAACGAAGGACACAAACCCCUGGAGACGCUUUCGUCCUCUACCUCUUUCUCGUUCCCGCCCUCUUCCCCUCUUCUCCCCUCGAGUGCUGAGAGCUCCGGGACAGGAAGUUGGCCUAGUGCAGGCAAAGCUGCGUUGCUGCUAGAUGAGGACGAGGAUAUUGUGAUGCUCAAGGGCGAGGACAGCAGCUGGACGAAAGAGAAACGGGACGAACUCAUGGCCCGCGUUAGCCAGGCAGGCCUCCGCAAGUUGAGAGACCUCUUUCUCGAUCCUUACAGAAAAGUGACACGGCCGUGGACCAGCGAAGAGAUUGAACUCCUUCAAGCGGACUACCGACAAAACCACGAAGACUGGGUAGAAGUCCUCCAGCCCUGGCAGGCGACGCCGCUCCACCUUCAGGCCGUUCCCUUCACCUACUCAGUGCUAAAGAAGGCACCUCUAAAGUUUCCUGCGAUUUUUUGCAAGCAGAUCCCGUUCUUUUUCCCGCACCCUUCAGGCAUCGGCGUUUUCCACGCAGUGCUUAUCAUCGAACGGCGCCCCACAGAGAAAAAGAGCCUCAGUCGGGGCGGUAGAACGGCGCCUCUCACAGAGCGGGGCGGAGUGGAGAGCGCAUCUGCUGCUCAGAAAUCGCUGGCGUCUUUAGAUGAAUCGAAAGAGAGGAACGAAUCAGGGGAGGAAGCCGCAGGGAACGCGUGCAGCCCCGAGUCUUGUCAAAUCAGCCGUAGGCGUCGGAGGCGGUCGGCAGGAGGGCCUUCGUCGUGCGUCUCACCCGCGGCUUCAACGAGGAAGACGCCUAUGCCUGUCACGGCUAGCGAGUGGCCGCAAGACCGAAACCCCGAAAGUAGCGAGAGCAAGACUCGUUCUUCUCCAGCUCGUCUCUCUCGUGGUCGAGCAGAAACGGACACCUUGUGCUCUCAGAGUUCCGGGGAACACCUGACGGAAGAUGUCGCACGCCUCGCUCUCAUUUGGGAGCCUUAUCAAGAGACGGGCGCAGCAUUGCCGACCGUUUCAGAGGGAAGCAAGGACUCAGGGGCCUCUGCCGCGAGCUCGAAUGAAAGCACAGUCUCUCCGCCUUCCUCGCCGUGCUCGCCGUCGUCUCCGAUUCCGGCCCUGGAGUUGCCAGAUGACGGGCUGCAGCCGGGCGCCUUCGCCCACGUGGUGACGGGACGUUUGUCUCUUCCUUUCUCGUCCUUGCAGUGUCCCAGGGGGCGUGCCUCGUCGGCUUCUGAGAGCGCUUCCUCCAGUCUUUCUGCUGCGGGCGUCGCCGUAGACCACUGCGCCUCGCCUUUUGCCUUCACUUCUGUGCAGAGUGCCGACACCGAUGGCUUGGCGCCGUCCUUGACUCCCGGUCAGCUCCAAAGGCAGGAAAACAAAAAGUUUCUUCGCAUGCAGCGGCUGCAGCAGAAACUCCUGCAAGGCCUUGAGGAGGCAGAUGUACCUGAACUCGUCUUCGAGGGGCGUGUCGUCGGCUGUGAGCUCCACGGUUUUCUUCCCUUUGACGACCGAGAGACUGAAGCGCGAGCGGGGCGUAGACCCGAGGAAGGCGACGGCCAAAGAGGAGCAGAGGCCGGAACCACAUCCCCCAGCCGGGUGAAUGGAUCGGACGUCGAGGCGAAAUACGGAAAGCUUUGUGAGGCAGAGCAAGAAGACAAACCUGCGCGCGGGCAGGCAGAAACGACUGAAGCGUCGCUGCAUCCGUUGGCGCGCGCGCAGAAGACGUCCAGGACGCGAGAGGGCGAAGCACAGGAGAGAGAGAACUUGGCCGCGCAGAGACCGAACGGCCUCAAUCGCGAAGAAACGCAGAACGUGUUGGGACGCACGGAGAAGAAAAGCAGCAAGAGGGAGGGCGAGAGCGAGGACAGAACAGCAGGGACGUGGACUGGAGAUGCCGCAGCGGUCCUCCCCAGCGAGAGAAAGACAAGCGCUCUUGGCAAGAACAAACGGCUCGGGCUUCGCCAGCGAAUGCUGCUUUGCGUCCGCUUGGAUGACGAUCGAAUUUUCCUCUACGAGAUCAGGAGUUUCAUCAACCACUCCGCCAAAACUCUCGUCGACUGGGAAAGACGCGUUCGCGUCGCAGAGCGGGAGAUUGCUGCCGCAGCUGGUCCCCUCGCUGCGCCGUCCUCCGUUUCGCCUGGGAAAGCCUCCGUGGGAAGCUUGUCCCCGAGUAGGCGGAGCUAUCUCAAGUCUCCGAGCCUCCCCGCUUCUCCCGCCACCGCGGCCUUGAUGGCUUCUGGGAAAUCUGAGGCGCAUCGCGAGGACGGGCAAACGGAGAUGAAGGCAUCUGAGGCAGUGAGGGGGGCGGGGGAGUCUCUUGCAGUUGCGUCGAGCCGCGACAGCGAAGAAGAACGGCAGAGACGGAGGCGUGCCGCCAGUUCGUCGCGCGCUCAAACGUCGGAACAGCAGGAAUCGGGCGCGGCCAAAGAGAACUUCCGCGAACAAGGCGAAACGCGUGCAUCGCCGUCGGCGCCCGCUUCGCCGGCGUCUCUCAGGCAGGGUGAAGACAAAGAGAUGCCCCGAGCAGUGAAUGCGUCUCUGGAGAAGGACGAGCUCCGCGUCGCUACCGACUCGAGCCGUCCCGCCGUGACGGUGUUUGGAAGCCACCCGGUGGACGGUCUCUCGCGCGAAGCGGUUUCCUCGCCACACGCAACUCCGCACAGCGGGCCUCUUUCGGAAGCAGGCGCCUCAGCUGUGUCUGCUUCGACCGCGGCGACACUGGGCGGCUCUUUGCCCUCUGUCCCCACUUCGGUUCCACCGUCCCCGGCGUCUCCACAUUCAUUUUCUCGCCCUGAGGACAGCGCGGUCCCCGCGGCAGACGAGCACAAGGAUGUGGACGUGUCCAAGGACGAACUUCCCCCGAGCGGCCUGGACUCUGGAGAGACAGACUCGAUUCCAGCCAACGAGAGGAAAGCGAUUUGUGCGGAGCAAGCGGCCGAUUUCGGGCGGUCCCCACCCGGGGGAGAACGCGAGGAAGCGAAGUUUGGGAGCGAACCGCAGAUCGCGAUUUCGCCCGUUCACAGGGAUCAACAGAAUCCGGUCUCGUCGCCACAAACCAGUUCAAAAACAACCUGUGCGGCGGCGUGCUCGUCCUCUUCUGCCUCUACUUCCUCUUCCCUGUCUCCGUCGGCUGCUGGCUGUGACUCUUUUUCACGCGCCGGCGCCGCGAUCGAAAGCAGGAAGGCGGAAUCCGUUAGAAGGAGGGCUUUAGCGGCUGCAUCGCCGGUGGGCUGGUCUCCCGCGGAGAGGACAGGGGCGCGGCGGGGGGAGGAAAAGAAAACGGGAAGAGAGAUCCGUGUGGCGGCGUUCAACCAGACAUCUCCGGUCAAAAGACGCCUACCUGUGGAAGAAGAGGAAGACGUGCAUCUUUGGUUAGACUGCGACGACACCCCUGCGGCACGACGAAGCCCGACGAGUCCAUGCAGGUAUGGGGGCCCUCGGGGCGGGGCAUGCCGCUUCGGCAAAGCAUUCUCUCUUGCUCCCCUCGCCGUUUUCCACGACCUGCAGUGGGACGCAGCAGAUGUCACGAGACUCGGCGAUGCCGACUAUCGCCCCCAAAAUGUGUUUUCCUCGUCUGCAUGCGAGCGGAGUCGGGGAAAACAAGACGUCGGCCCCCGCCAGGCUACCCCUCUCAGAUUGGAUCGGAAUGGAGCGCUCAGUUCCUCCGGCGGGCCUGAGAAGGAGAAUGCCGACAGCGGAAACGAGAGGGAGACGGGAGCUGUGCGUGUCUGUCAAGACGGGCAAAACGAAGUUUUCCGCUCGGCCGCUCUUUGCUUCUUCUUCUCCGUCUACGAGGAAGUAGAAGAGAACGACGGAGGUGCGCUGGCGGCAGAGUCGACGCAUGUAAACGCAAUUCUCCCUGGCGCGCGAGCAGUCCAGGGCGCGGAGGAGCCUGAGACUGUGCAUGCAGCCAGUCACCUGGCUGCCAAGAACGACGACCUCUCGAGCACUGCCCGCGUUUCGACGAACGUGAAGGCGGAAGUUCCGGACGCUGCACGGCUUGAGGGCAAAGAGCAAACGAACACACUUCCAACCGGAGAUGCGCAUACACACAAGGAUGCAGCUGCAGUGACGAACGAGGAGACGGGAGACAAGGCGGUUGGCGAAUGCGCAGCAGGCGCACUGGCAACGGCUGAGAGAGGCUCAGAAGCAGCGAGGUCUGGGGUCUCACUUGGCAAGACUGGUGGGCAGAGAACGGGAUGGAAGCGAAGAAAGAUUGCCGUGCUUUCUCACCUUGCAGCCGUGGCGAGAGCUCCUCAAGGCUUUCCCCACGGCGUUGGGGCCAGUGGCUGGACCGACAGAGACACAGCAGCCUUGUCGGCGGGAGGCCCCGGCACAGUGCCUCAGAGUCCCGGUGGGGUUCAACCGGCGAACGUUUAUCGAGAGACUUCAGAAAGCGAAUCCGCCAAUUUCUCCGUCGAAACGUGUCUUCACAACGCCUGUUCGUCGAUAAAGUCCGAGGCGUCGUCACCCGCCCGUUCCGGAGCAAGACACCCAUCGGUGCUUCCCGAUCGUCUCGAAAGCGACUCCCCUCGCACAGGUGUCCAGUCUCGCGUUUCCGCUUCGUCCAGCUCCCCGCUGGGUCCUUGGAAUGCGUGCUACUUCCCGCCCAACUGCAUUCCCAUGGACAUCAGCGCAACGCCGGGAAAAACCUCCGUUGUUUUCAGAACACGCAGAUGGAGAACCAACGUAGGAUGCGCCGACGGCCUCCCUGAGAAGGGAAACGUUCAGGCGGAGACGGCAGAGAGUCUCGUGGCGCGACAUGAAAAACUGCCGACGAUGGUGACAGUCGACACGAGCGGCUGUUUACGAGCGUGGAGUCUUGGAGACCCAGCCGCGUGUUUUGCCGCUCAGAAGAUUCUUACCGGCCCGCUGCUGGCGGUGUCAGUCAACCAGCAGCUCCCGGCCCUGGCAGCGAUUGGAGCAGGGGACGGGCGAGUUCGGAUUUGCGACGUCUCUGCGUUCCUCGCACCCAACCAGUCUCACGCGGCGGUCGAGGGGCAGUUGCAGCCGCUUGCGUCGCCUCUCAUCACGCUGCCGUCGCCUCUGGGCGAGGAUCUCUACCGGGUGUUUGGACGACAGCAUCCCGUCCGGCGACUGCAGUGGCUAGCUGGCGGCGCCUUGCUCGGCGUCGUCCACGAACAGCCCGAGUCUGAGAGGCACGUGGCAGCCUUUGGCAGCUGUGCCGCACUCUGGGCUCCCGGCAAAGACGUGUUUGACGAGGUCAACGACGCCGCACAGCACAAGCUCUUCUGGGCGCGGGCGGCCAAACACCCGCAGGCUGCAAAGUUCGCUCGUCUCGUGUGCGUACACGUCGCUCACGCUGUGGCAGCUCUGGAUCGCAGUGAAGGCGCGAACGGAGCUCCUGCCUUUUCGCGGAGAGACGGCAGCGCGCGCAUGCUCGGCUGCGACUUUCUUUUCAGUAGGAAGGGCGGCAUUUCUGGAGUUAGCACCGACACCGCCAGCAUGCUCCACUUCUGGAAGCCAGGAAGUUGGCUCUUGGGAGAUGUGGAAGAUGUCGGCGUGCUCGCGCGCAAGACCGCCGACAAGGAACAGUUGUCCCGGGCGUUACGCCACGUGGCCACGCAAAUCCAGCUUCGGUCCCACGUUGCCACGCGAGCGGAAAAGGCCAAAAUGCAGAGGCAGGCAGAAACCGCAGGGGAAGACGUCGAACGGGCCGCACACGGGGAAAGCCUUGCGUGCACCCGGGAGGCGCUGAUGCGACCGUGGCAAAAAUUCCUGGCUGUUCGGCCAGUAACGCGGGCGCUGAUGGAGAAUCUGCGCGCUGAAAUCCAAGAGGAAACGGCUGCGUUCGACCUUUUCGCGGAGCCCCAUAUCCACUGGCUCGAAACCAAAUAG